CUGUACAGAAGCAGUGAGUAUCGGUGCUCUUAUCGGACAUACCUUGGCCCUUUUGUCAGCCUGCUAAAACAGUCUUCAUCAAGCGAGCAAGAGAAAAUGCGAGUAAGGAUUACAUUCAUGUCUCAUCAGUAACUCCUUCGUAUUUUUUUUCAUGAUUUUUUUAAAUCAUCAAGAGGGGUGACUGAGGGAAACCAGAUGGGAUAUUAGCCUACUCGCUUCUUUUGCCAUCGAUUUGAGCCUACUACUGGCAAGUGGAAAACAAGCCCUACUUUUGCUCAAUUGAGCGAGAGAUUCUGUCAUUCUAACAAUGUGGCAGUGUAAGCAGUUGGUUGGGGGGCAGAAAUUCGCCCUAAAAUCUCUUCUCUCUUGAACCAAUUUGGAGAGGAUAACCUGUGCAAUGGAAUGGAAUUGUGAUUCUACAUUGGCAUAUUGUUUUUAUAGACAGUCUUCUUGCCUACUAUAAUCCCUGCGGCGAUAGUGGCGCUGCUGACAGGAUAUCUCAUUUUCUGCGCGGGAGCACUGAGGUGGCUAUAAGGAUAAACACAUAAACAAAGAUUGGUCACCAAACUUGGAUUGUGCAUGUUUUUCUAUCACUGGUAGAUGCUGUCGGUUUCCCUUCUGUUUCAUGGCUGGGGCACGGCGGAUAAAAACUUUGUUGACUUUAAACAUCUGCAUGUUCGUGGGCAUUAUACUGUUCUCGGUUUACUGCAGAAUUCAGGAUCGCUCAGAGGAACUCAUGAAGAACGGCAGGACCACUGAGCAAAGAUCCAACCGUAGAAAUGGGAAAGUCACUAACUUUGUGGAGAAGCAAACUAUUCUUCAGAGGCUUGAGCAUCUUGAGGAUGUAGUCUACCAUCAAUUGAACGGUCUGGGAAAGCCGGUUGGGGUACUGGAGGGACCAGUGGGCCAGGAACAGGGGCAGGCCAGGACCCCUGCAACUCUGAGAAACCCUGUCCGCGACCCAGAUGGGGGAAAGUAUGAAGAGUACGGCUACAACGCACAGCUGAGCAAUCAAAUCCCACUGGAUAGAUCCAUUCCUGACUACAGGCCGAAAAAGUGCAAGCUGAUGACUUACCCAGAUGACCUCCCUCAGAUGACAGUGGUGUUCAUCUUUGUAAAUGAGGCCUUGUCAGUGAUCCUACGGUCAGUCCACAGCCUGGUCAAUCACACACCUGCACACAUCCUCAAGGAGAUCAUCCUGGUGGACGACAACAGUGACAGUGUGGAGCUAAAGCUGAACCUGGAUCAGUAUGUGAAUAAGCAGUAUCCAGGCCUAGUGAAGAUUGUGAGGAAUAGCAGACGGGAGGGACUUAUACGGGCCAGAAUCCUUGGCUGGAAAGCUGCCACUGCACCAGUUGUUGGCUUCUUCGACGCACAUGUUGAGUUCAACACAGCAUGGGCAGAACCAAUCCUAACCAGAAUCAGGGCAGAUCGAACACGUAUUAUUCUCCCGUCGAUCGACAACAUCAAGUACAACACGUUUGAGGUGCAGCAGUAUGCUAACGCAGCCCAUGGUUACAACUGGGGCCUUUGGUGUAUGUACAUCAUUCCCCCUCAGGCCUGGCUGGACAGAGGAGAUGAGACGGCCCCCAUCAGGACCCCUGCCAUGAUUGGCUGCUCCUUUGUGGUGAACAGAGAAUACUUUGGAGAGAUUGGCCUUCUAGACCCAGGCAUGGAGGUGUAUGGAGGAGAGAACAUUGAAUUGGGCAUAAGGGUAUGGCAGUGCGGGGGGAGUAUGGAGGUCUUACCGUGUGCUCGGGUGGCACACAUUGAACGCAUCAAGAAACCCUACAAUGAUGACAUUGAUUACUAUGCAAAGCGCAAUGCCUUGAGGGCAGCCGAGGUGUGGAUGGAUGACUACAAAUCACACGUCUACAUGGCCUGGAAUAUCCCUAUCAAUAACCCUGGAGUUGAUUUUGGAGAUGUUUCUGAGAGAAUCGCCUUGAGGAAGAAAUUGCAAUGUCGCAGUUUCCAGUGGUACUUGCGGAAUGUGUAUCCAGAGAUGCGAGUGUACAAUGACACCAUCACCUAUGGUGAGGUGCGAAACAGCAAGGCCAGUGGCUAUUGCUUAGACCAAGGACCUAAUGAUGACAACAGCGCGAUUCUCUACCCGUGUCAUGGCAUGACAUCUCAGCUGGCCCGUUACACCUCAGAGGGGAUUUUGCAGCUUGGUCCCCUGGGUUCCACUACAUUCCUGCCCAACACCAAAUGUCUGGUGGACGAGGGACGAGGGCGGAGGCCAAGUCUAAAAAUAUGUGAUGGAGCAUCACACUCAUCACAAAGGCUUUGGGACUUCAGUCAGAAUGGCCCAAUAAUCAGCAGAGACACUGGUCGUUGUUUGGAGGUGGAGAUGUUUAAAGAGGCCAGCUUCGGCCUGCGGCUGGUGGUCCAGAGGUGCUCUGGUCAGAGGUGGACUAUCAGGAACUGGCUCAAACCUCCACGACACUGAGGGCAGUCUCAACAAGGAGGUGCACCAUAUACAGGCCAGCUGAUGUCUACAAAAAAGACAUGGAACCCUUACCCUGUAGCACUUGGACUAUCCUCUUCACAAAGAUUGUGUUCCUUUGGAUUGAGGCUAUAGACUCUGUUGUCUGCUCCUGGAAAGGUCAAGGAAUUUCAAAAGCAUCUUAACAACAAGUCAUCACAAAGUAUGGAGGAUACAUAUCCCUACGAAGAACCAGAGGAUGUACCAUAUCCGCUACAGAGGUUGUCUAUGACAAUGAUAGUUGCAGUCUGCGAUACUAAAGGAGGUAAUACAAGCGAACAGGCACAUGUUGACAAACCAGUUCAUUUUGAGUGUGUUUUGUUUCUGAUUUCAGAUUUCAUUCAUAUCACGCCAUAAUCCCUGAACACAAUUAUUUGCCUUCAAUCAUAUGUCUGUCUUCUGGAGGCCUAAAUUAUCUCACAUUUAUGGACAAUAGAGGAAAAAGUGAAAAACGCAAAUUGUACACAACAAUCUGGAUAGAAUGAUAAUAGGACAUUAAACAUUAUGACAUAUUUGUGUUCCUUCUUGACGAGUGAUUUUGUAUUAGAGCUGAAUGUUUGACUAUUGUUAAUCAUGAAAAGUAUUGGUUUCUCACCUCUACAGCUGGUUCCACAUAUAUUUAUGCAAAGGGCUGACCUUGAGUCUCCAGGCUCUCUAAUUAUAUGUAAGUGUUUCACUCAGACAACAUGUAAACUGUAAUCUCUGUGAUCAAGCACAGCAUGAUCAGAUGUGUCAUGUCAGAUGAUGUUUCAUUACUCCAACUGUCAUUUUCCACCAUCUGCACACCAGAGGAGAUUCAAUCAUGAGCUCUCAUAUCAAAGAUUUCCAAUCACUAUUGGGGUCUGUUUAAUCAAAGUCUUGGUCCCUGAGUCCUACAUCCAGCAAGACCUAUCACCAACAGCUCUGAAAGUACUAGCGGUAUAAAUACAGCACAUACAGGCCAGACUUUGCAUUAAAAAAGUUAACUGAUUUAAGUGAAUGGUGCUACAAGGCAAAGUCUUAUCUCUUUAUAUGAGAGGGGCUGCUCUUGUGCGUCCACAUCUGAACAGGUCUGGAUGUGAUGUAGGGGAGUAAAAGUGGUGUCAGAAAUGGAAAGGUCGAUUGUGACUGACAGGUUAUCGACAGAGAGCUCAAUCAAACAGAGUGCUGUUGUAAUUGCUUUUCUCACUUGAGUUUAAUGUAGAGGGGCUGAGAUUGUGAAAGGGCUCUUAAUGGUCGCUGGAUAGGCCAUGCCCUUCCACUUGUGACAGUCACCUCUAGCCAUUUUGAGUUUACAGUAGGAGUGGCAUCCAUAGAGACACAAGUGCAAGCACACAUCCCACACUAAGCUGCACCCACACCCAUGCAUUGAUUUAUGAAAAUAAACACAGUUUCAGGUGUGACAUUGAAGAUACUGUACCUGGUCCCUCCUGCUAAUUUUCCUUAUGUAGAACCUGGUUAUGCCAUGACAAGUUUCUGCUGUUUAGUAUUCACUACUAUUGCAACAUUUGAGAUACUGAAAUAGAGCAUGUGCAACCUGUGCAACAUUUUUUGCAAUUCAAGGUCAAGACAGGUUUAAAAUGCUUUGUAUUUUCUGCAAUGCCUUUAAACAGGGGUAGAGCAAAGAUGAUAUGUUGAUGAAAAAUGCAUGAGUGUCAUGAGAUGCAGAAGGUGAUAGCUGUGUUUGUUUUAAUCUUGCGUAGAGACUGCCUCGCACUGAAGACUAAUUCCUUGUUCCCUCAUCAUGCUACGCCGGAAAAUACGGGCCUAACUCCACUUCCCCUCUGUAAUAAAAGAGUGGGUUUGGCUCAGAGGGAGAGAGGAUAAGUAGGUGGCAGAAUGCAGAAUGGACCUCAAUAUCCCUCACAGGAGGAGACCGCUGGAAUAUAAAAUGUAAAUUAAACUGGUAGUGGAUAUCUUUACGCUAUGAUGAAAGCAAGCACAGUUCCCUGCUAUGCUUUACACUCGACAACCUGCUGUGACAGGUUUUUCCAGAAACUAUAUAUUUCAGUCAGAAACAUAAUGGAUGAAUAUUGAUAUGUUCAUAGUCAAGUAGUAGACCCAUGCAUAUAAAACAUU